AUGGCAGACGACACCACCGCCAACAGCCUCAUCACGCGCUUCAAAUUCCAAAAGCUCCUCAACACCACGCAGCAAGGCUGCCGCAUCAUCCUCCAAGGAACCAUCUCCGACAAACCCGCACUGCUACUGGCCGAACGCGGCGCCUUCUCAACCGACAAUGCCUACCUGCAAUCCUUCUCGCGCUUGAUGUCGCACGUGAAGAACCUCGGCGAGAACGACAUCUACCGCUGGUGCCUCGCGAACAGCAUGUCCGAGAACACGGUCGAUGAGCCCACGCCCGCGGAUCUGAAGAUUAAUCUGAUUUAUCCGUGCACGGAGAAGCAUAUUCGGAAGUAUUCUUUCCAGCAGGCGAGAGUGGUCCUUGAGACGCCUUCGAUUUACAGCACGUAUAUCCGUCCGUAUAUGCAGCUCUGUCGAGAGGAGGGCCGUCUGAACUGGGUCUUCAAUAUCCUCGAUGGGAAAGCUGAGCAGGAGAACGUCCUGUUCCGUUCCAAGGAAGCCAAAGCGGAUGAUGAUUUUCUUCUCCUGCCGGAUCUGAACUGGGACCGCAAGACCCUGAGUUCCUUGCAUCUCCUCGCCCUGGUCCAGCGCCGAGACAUCUGGUCCGUCCGCGACCUGAAGAAAUCCCACGUCCCCUGGCUUCGCCACCUGCGCUCGACUCUCGCAGCCACCACAACAACGCUCUACCCCGGCGGCGAAGUCGAGACAGACAUGCUGAAAUUCUACAUCCACUACCAACCAACGUACUACCACUUCCACAUCCACAUCGUGCACGUAAACACCGAAGCAAGCGGCACCCAAGCCGUAGGAAAAGCGCUCGGUCUCGACCACGUCAUCUCCCAACUCGAGAACCUCGCCGGCGGCGCCGAAGCAGGCAUGCAUCAAGUGGAGCUGAGCUACACCCUCGGCGAGAACAGCGAAUUAUGGCAACAGGUCUUCGCCCCCUUGAAAGAGGGCAAGACGCCUGCUGUCGCCGGUGAGUGA